AUGAGGCUCGACGCCACAGACCUGCGCUACAUCUCCAGUCAGGAGUUCCGUGUCCUGACUGCCAUCGAGAUGGGCUCCAAGAAUCACGAGGUGGUGCCCUCCUCCCUGGCCGCACAGAUCUGCGGUCUCCAUCACUCGGGAAUCAACAAGCUGCUCGGCUCACUCGCAAAGCGCAACCUCAUCGCGCGUGUCCAGAACACAAAGUACGACGGAUACCGCCUCACCUACGGCGGUUACGACUACCUCGCCCUCCGUGCCUUUUCCAAGCGCGACUCCAUCGCCGCCGUCGGUCGCCGCAUCGGUGUCGGAAAGGAGAGUGACAUCAUGAUCGUCUCCUCCCCAGAACAGGAGCAAAGAGUCCUCAAGAUCCACCGCCUCGGUCGAAUCAGUUUCAGAGCCAUCAAGGAGAAGCGAGACUACAUGGGCAAACGAAAAAGCGCCAGCUGGAUGUACAUGAGUCGCCUCGCCGCAGCAAAAGAGUACGCCUUCAUGAAGAUCCUCCACGAGCACGGCUUUCCCGUCCCACAGCCCAUCGACCAGGCUCGCCACUGCAUCGUCAUGUCCUACAUCGACGCUUUCCCUCUUCGCCAGAUCGCCGUCCUGCCACCAGAUCAGAUCCCGCUUCUCUACUCGGCUCUCAUGAAGCUCAUCGUCCGUCUUGCGCGCGCAGGCCUCAUCCACGGUGACUUUAACGAGUUCAACUUGCUCAUCCGCGAGGUCUCUACCGCAUCCGAUGAGGAAUACGACUCCGACUCCGCAGGAGCACCGCCAGCGAGAGAUCCCCAACCGUCAAGCUCGUCACGACGCGACCCGACUGACAGUGCUCAGCAGGACACUCUCGAAGCAGAGCUCGCAGAGGGACAUCAGAUUGAGCGUGGCAACGGCUUCGAAAGGGUAGUUGCUCCAGCUCAAUCGCAGUUGCCGGAUGUCGACGACGUCGACGACGUAUCCGAUGAGGUCGACCAAGAAGACGAAGAAGAAGACGACGACGACGAAGCAGCAUCAGAGACAUCAGAACGCCAAAUUCAUCUUGGCGACGACGUGACUGUCGAGCCCAUCCUCAUCGACUUCCCGCAGAUGGUCAGCAUCAACCACGAAAACGCAGAAUACUACUUCGACCGCGAUGUCGAAUGCGUACGCAGAUUCUUUCGAAAGCGAUUCCGUUAUCACUCCGACGAAUUCCCGCGCUUCCAAGACGUCGUCCCCGAGUUUGUGCGCAAGCAGACCAAGCUUCCCAAGUCUGCCCCACAGCCCCAAGAUGUCGACCAAGAUGCAGUCAACAACGUACAGACCGGCGACGUGCGCCUCGAUCUUCUCGCCAAGGCCAGCGGAUUCGGAGGCUCGAAGCAGGAUCGCGAACUCGAACAGUACAUGUCGUCACUCCGCCUCAGCACAACUCAAGGCAUGAUCGAAGUUGCAGAUUCCUCCCCAGAAUCAGGCGACGAAGUGGAUAGCGACGAACAAGAUGAGGAGGAGGAUAGCGACCAAGAAGAUGGCGAAGACGAAGACGAAAGCAGCGAAGACGAUGAGGAAGACGACGAACAAGGUUCCGACGCCGAAGUGUCGAGGAAGGCUCGCAAGGCUGCCCAAGCCAGUGCCAAUGGCGUCAAGCCCUCCCGCGGUGCCGCCAGGAAAGCUUUGCUCGACGGCGACGACAGCAAGAUCGCACAGCUCGUCGCCUCGGAUCGCGCAAAGGCUACUCGUCGCGCCGAAAAGCACCACGGAAAGAAGGCGCAUGCCGGCAAGGGCGGCAGAGCUCAUGCCGGCGGUAAAGCCAAGACCGGAAAGGCGAGGAUGAUCAGCGACUCAAUGGACUUUUGA